AUGGGUGACAAAAGAUUCUGGUGGCAGAUUUGGUGUUGGUGGUGGGGGCUAUGCGGAGUGCUGGGAGCUAUGGUAGGUGCCACCCUGGGAGCUAUGGUGGCUGCUGCAAUAUACCUUCCUACGUGGGUGGCACUUAUGCUCCGGGAGCUAUCCCAUACCUCUGGGGCGGGAGAUUGGAUGCUUUUAGCUCAAUCCUGGCACCAAUUGUGGGUCGAUCCGACUUUCAAGGAACCAUUCUUUGACAAACUUCAACAAUGGCUCUCGAUUCAGCCUGUGAAACGCACAUUUCAAGCAGCAUUCGGAAACGCCCAAGUUCCAGUCAGUGUUUUCGUCCACGGCCUCAAGAUCGCUGGUUGUGAAACCCUUCGUCUCAAGGCCUAUGGCCAGAAACUACCUCUCAUCUCCCAGUUCCACAUUCAAGAGCCCACCAAAAUCAGUCAUCCUCUUGUGAAAUACAACGAAUGGGAUAUUGGUGUGACGAUUCCAUCGAACUACAUCUGGCUCUUUUCACCAGCCAAUGGAACCUCGAAAAGGGUCACACUCUACCCGAUGUGCAUUCCAGGCUCCCUCGAUUAUGGAUUGGUCCAUUUCAAAGCACAAUUCCAAAAUCGGAACUUCCAGAUUAAGGUAUAUCCCCGAAUCGUACAUGUCAUGAAGGCUUUCAACAGUCAUAUUCAAGGCGAAAGACCAAAAACCGUUUACGCCAUCAGACAGAAAGGGUCAUACAACAUUGAAAAUGAUUCAAGACCUUUCCGAAGCAAUCGCAGGCAGACACCUUUUCUACGGGCAGCGUUCUGGCUCAAUCCUGGCGAUUCAAUGUCUCGAUUCAAGCUCAAUGCCAAGAUCGUCACCAAAUCAGCACUUCUAGACAAUGCAAAUUGGGUCUAUCAGCAGGCUCUCGCCCAAAACGUAUUUCAAGGCAGGGACUCGGGGAAUCCGUCCCCCAUUCAGGUCAGAGCUGCCCUCGAUUGUUUGGCAUCUUUUGGCUGGAACUCUGGAAGCAGCCGAAUCACUAAAUCAUUGGACAAAUCAGCCUGGUGGAGGGAAUCAGAAAUGGAAUUGGAGCCGGAAAACCCAUCGAAUGUCAUGAUGGAGCUACUCAAGAAGAAAGGGAUCCCUUUUGCCAUCCCUUUGGUGGCAAACCUCAACCGGAUCCGCAUUUCGCCGGCAUGGUACAGCACAAAAUGGACGCCAGCUGAUGGGAACUGCAUGUUCACAGCUUUCGGGAGAGCAGUUGGUGGACAUCAACUUGAUUCCUCAAUCACAAGGGCGAAAGCAGUGAAAUGGAUGGCAAAUCACCAAUCUGAUCUUGAAUCUUUCCUUGCCGCCGACAUUGACACAACGAUCCAGUCGAUUGAUCAGUAUAUUUCACACAUGUCUCAACAGGGCACAUGGGGAGAUGCUCUCGCUUUACACUCAUUGUGUAUGUGCUACCAUGUUUAUGUCAGAAUUCUCAAACGGGAUGAUUCAGAUCACCCGAUCUGGCUUUCGGCAGGCAAUUCAAGCUUUGAAAAGGUGAUUUAUCUUUAUCUCAGUGGUAAGUAUUACGAAAAUCUCAUUCGUGCAGCCAAUGUUGCUGGUUUGUAG